GCUGCUUGAUUUCGUCCUUCCGGUGCCCCCAUAGCCCCGCUCCCUCCCGAUGCUAACGCCGUCGGGCUUGGCUGUGGGAGCGUAAUGGCGGUGCACCGGGGACCCUCUUCGAAAUGGCUCUUUUCCCGGGAGCAGCUGGAAACCACGCCGUCUCGACGCUGCGGAAUCGAGGCCGACCGGGAGCUCUCGUACCGGCAGCAGGCGGCCAACUUGAUCCAGGACAUAGGCCAGAGGCUCAACGUCUCUCAACUUAUUAUUAACACCGCUAUAGUUUAUAUGCACAGGUUUUAUAUGAUCCACUCCUUCUCUAAAUUCCAUAGAAAUAUCAUUUCCCAGACUACGUUGUUCCUGGCAGCUAAAGUUGAGGAGCAGCCCAGGAAGCUGGAACAUGUCAUUAAAAUAGCCCAUGCCUGCGUUAACCCACAAGAGCCUGCCCUAGACACUAAGAGCAACGCAUUCCAGCAGCAGGCACAAGAGCUUGUAGCACUGGAAACAAUAGUGCUGCAGACGCUGGGGUUUGAAAUCACAGUCGAUCAUCCACACACACAAGUUGUGAGGUGUUCCCAGCUAGUGCGAGCAAGCAAGGAUUUGGCACAGACUUCCUAUUUCAUGGCUACCAACAGUUUGCACCUCACCACCUUCUGCCUGCAGUACAGACCCACCGUCGUCGCCUGUGUCUGCAUCCAUCUGGCCUGCAAGUGGUCCAACUGGGAGAUCCCUGUGUCCACAGAUGGCAAACCCUGGUGGGAGUAUGUGGACCCCACUGUAACGUUACAGCUGCUAGACGAGCUCACACACGAGUUCCUUCAGAUUUUGGAGAAGACGCCCAGCAGACUGAAGAGGAUACGGAACUGGAGGGCCAUUCAAGCUGCUAAGAAGCCAAAGACGGACGGCUCAUCGGUGGAUAGCGCCUUCCAGGGGACUUCCCUUGACGGCCUCCCUGGUGUCACCAACUCCUUCUUCCCUUCCACCUCUGGAUCGGACUCUUCAGACAUCCCCUCCCUCAACAGCAUCACAGCCUCCUACAACUCCUACGAGCCGCUUAGCGACCACUCCAAGUCCUGUGGUUACGACCAGUUUUCCGAGCCUCACCCCUCAGACUUCACGCUGAUAAAACAUGAACACAAAGCCGCAGGCGGGUCAAGCGGUAAACACCAGCAGCAGCUUGGGACAAACGCCGCGGCUUUUCCGCGACCACAGAAAGUCUUGACUCUUGAAAAGUACAGAGAGAAACACUUGGCGUCGGAGCUGACUUUGCAGAACGGCGUAAAAGAGGAGGCGGGCGCGGACAUGUACGCUCCGCCUCCGACCGUGUCGACGCACCACCACAAGAAACGCUCCCAGCAGCAGGCCGGCCAAUCAGGCGACGGCCGGCGGGAGAAGUCCAGCUCCAAAAAGAGCCGGCUGCCCGCUGCGUUCGAGAACGGCUCGGCGACUAGCGAGGAGCUAAAGAUGAGGAUUAAAGUGUCAUCGGAGCGUCAUGGCGGCUCGGAGCAGGGCGGGACCGGAAAAGACAAGCACAAAGAGCACGGCGGCCACCGCCACUCCAAACACGGCCACUCGCACGCUUAUUCCAUCAGCGGGAACGGCCGAGGGACAAUAGACAAUGCCUCCUUAUCCCUACGGGCUACCGGUAGCCACGGCAACGACACAGGCUCGUCCAGAAAGAGGCCUCACUCCGACGCAGGAAACCACAACCACCACCACUCGUCCAAGAGCGGCAGGAGCUCCAAAGGAGGCCUCGGCUCCUCCCACUACGCGUCUGAGAGCGGCCCGCGGACGAUGGAGCACCACGGCCACGAUGUCACCAACGGCGUGCUGGCCCCCAAUGGCCAACACACCGACUACAAAGACACUUUCGACAUGCUGGACUCUUUACUAAGUGCCCAAGGAAUGAACUUGUAACCCUCAGAGUCCGGCGUGGUCUUAGAUAAGGUAUCACCAUGUCCAAUAGAAUUUAAAAAAAAAAAAAAAAAAAAGACUUUUAUUCGUCUUAAGUUAUGAUUUUCGUCAUCGCCCUCAGUCGUGUCAUUGAGGAUUCUUGUAAAGCUGUCGGAAAAAUGUACAAAUUAUAUGCGUAGAGCUGUGUACAACUAGCUUGCAACAGAAAAAAAACCCCGAUGAGUUUUAAGAAUGUGGCUGAAAAAACGAGAUUUUAAAAAACUUGAUUUUAACACAAGGUGACAUGAUUUUAACCUGCAUGUUUCAGUCACAGAAGGGAAGUCAUAGCGAGUGUUUGGCAGCCAUCUUGACAGUUUACAAGUAUUACUUUUCCUUGUUUUUUUUUUUUUUUUAUGUAUGUAUGUUUAAAACAUCAUGUUCCACUUUAAAAAAAAAAAAAAAAAAUCUCAGGUCUUGAAACUUUUUUGAUAUGAGAAUGAAUCUUCCUCUGUUUGGGGUUUAAUCUACCCGUAUCCAUGGAGAUGUUAUCACCUCGUCCGUUUGUUUGGCCAAGAUGGCGGGACAUGUGGUCUGCUUAUUUUUCCAGAGUGCAUCAAUGGUUCCAAAAAAAAAGAAAAAAAAAAAAAGAAGAAAUCCAAAACUAACGUGAGACCGGCUCCAUUUGCUGUCUAUUUGCUGUCUUAUUGGGACUUCCAAGGCCGCACCUGAAUUUCAAUGUGCACUCAUUUAGAGCUACAAAUGAACUUCACGUUACAUCUGCUGUGAACGUGCGUUUAAGAUAUACCUGCUAAAUUAUCGGAGAAAAAAAAAACAGGCCUUGUGAUCGUACCUUGUCAAUCGCUAUUCAGUAUGAUUAAUGUUAUAACUAUCAGAAAAUACAGAUCUUUUAAAAAUAAGAUUGUGUAUAUAGGACUCUGUAGUUCAGGUUUUAAAAAAAAUGUUGGUUUAUUGCAUCGGUCCAAACCUUCCUCCAUUCAGUGUAUAACGAGAUCUUCAGCAGACUGUAUCGAUGAACAUAUCCAAGAUUUGUGUAUUGGAGCCCAAAUAAAGGUGUAAAAGUGA